AGGCCAAAGGAGAACAAAAUUCCAAAGAAUCGAUGGCUAAUCCUGUUGAGUGAUGCAGUCAUCAAGAAGAAAGUUGUAGCAAUUUAGAGAUCAGUGUGGACCAAGGAGAGAGCCGUUGCAAUAAUCUGACGUAAAUGGGAGUCGGAUGGCUUUGGUUUAGCCCAGAAGGAAGCAACACAUCAGUUUCUCAUAGGCAUGUUAUCAAUAAGAUAAAAUAAGUAGGAGUGAGAGAGAGUUUGAAAUGAUGAAGAACUGGAGAUGGGACGUUAUGAUAUGGACAGAAAGAGGAUGUGAAUGUGUGCAACAGCUUCAUUCAGACCAAGAUAAAGGAGAUGGAUCCCUCAAAUAUAUUUUAUCUGGAGAUGGAGCUGGUACUCUUUUCAUUAUUGAUGAAAAAACAGGUGACAUUCAUGCCACAAGAAGAAUUGAUAGGGAAGAAAAGGCCUUUUAUACUCUACGCGCACAAGCUAUUAACAGAAGAACUUUGAGGCCAGUAGAACCGGAGUCUGAGUUUGUGAUCAAAAUCCAUGAUAUCAAUGACAAUGAGCCAACGUUCCCAGAGGAAAUUUAUACUGCGAGUGUUCCCGAAAUGUCUGUUGUAGGUACUUCUGUGGUGCAAGUCACAGCUACAGAUGCCGAUGACCCUUCCUAUGGGAACAGCGCCAGAGUCAUUUACAGCAUACUUCAAGGGCAGCCAUAUUUCUCUGUGGAACCUGAAACAGGUAUCAUCAGGACUGCUUUACCAAACAUGAACAGAGAAAACAGGGAGCAAUAUCAAGUGGUAAUCCAGGCCAAAGACAUGGGUGGCCAGAUGGGAGGCUUAUCGGGGACCACCACGGUCAACAUCACGCUGACAGACGUCAAUGACAAUCCACCGCGCUUCCCCCAGAACACCAUCCAUCUUCGAGUUCUUGAAUCCUCCCCAGUUGGCACAUCCAUUGGAAGUGUAAAAGCAACUGAUCCUGAUACUGGGAAAAAUGCUGAAGUAGAAUACCGAAUUAUUGAUGGUGAUGGGACUGAUAUGUUUGACAUCAGAACUGAGAAGGACACACAGGAAGGCAUCAUCAUUGUGAAAAAGCCACUUGACUAUGAGAGCCGAAGGCUUUACACUCUGAAGGUUGAAGCAGAAAAUACCCAUGUGGAUCCACGUUUUUAUUACCUAGGACCAUUUAAAGAUACGGCAAUUGUGAAAAUCUCUAUUGAAGAUGUGGACGAACCACCUGUUUUCAGCAGAUCCUCCUAUCUGUUUGAGGUUCAUGAAGAUAUUGAAGUGGGUACAAUCAUUGGUACUGUGAUGGCAAGGGACCCAGAUUCUACUUCUAGCCCCAUUAGAUUUUCCUUGGAUCGCCAUACUGACCUUGACAGGAUCUUUAACAUACAUUCUGGAAAUGGAUCCCUUUAUACAUCAAAGCCACUUGACCGUGAACUAUCUCAGUGGCACAAUCUUACUGUUAUCGCUGCUGAAAUCAACAAUCCCAAAGAGAUGACUCGGGUGGCUGUUUUUGUGAGAAUUUUGGAUGUUAAUGACAAUGCCCCACAAUUUGCUGUGUUCUAUGACACUUUUGUAUGUGAAAAUGCCAGACCAGGACAGCUAAUACAGACUAUAAGUGCAGUAGACAAAGAUGAUCCUUUAGGUGGACAAAAAUUUUUCUUCAGUUUAGCAGCUGUCAAUCCAAACUUCACAGUACAAGACAAUGAAGAUAAUACUGCCAGAAUUUUAACCAGAAAAAAUGGAUUCAAUAGACAUGAAAUAAGCACCUAUCUCUUGCCUGUGGUGAUAUCAGACAACGAUUACCCGAUUCAGAGCAGCACUGGCACACUCACCAUCAGAGUGUGCGCAUGUGACAGCCAAGGCAACAUGCAGUCCUGCAGCGCUGAGGCCCUGCUCCUUCCCGCCGGCCUCAGCACAGGGGCCUUGAUCGCCAUUCUCCUCUGCAUCGUUAUUCUGCUGGUUAUAGUAGUACUGUUUGCAGCUCUGAAAAGACAGCGGAAAAAAGAGCCUCUGAUCUUGUCUAAAGAAGAUAUCAGAGACAACAUCGUGAGCUAUAACGAUGAAGGUGGCGGAGAGGAGGACACCCAGGCCUUUGAUAUCGGCACCCUGAGGAAUCCUGCAGCUAUUGAGGAAAAAAAGCUGCGGCGAGAUAUUAUUCCGGAAACUUUAUUUAUCCCACGGAGGACUCCGACAGCUCCGGAUAACACGGAUGUCCGGGAUUUCAUUAAUGAGAGGCUAAAAGAGCACGAUCUGGAUCCCACUGCACCGCCCUACGACUCACUUGCAACGUAUGCCUACGAAGGAAACGAUUCCAUCGCGGAAUCUCUGAGUUCUUUAGAAUCAGGUACCACUGACGGGGACCAAAACUACGAUUACCUCCGAGAAUGGGGGCCUCGGUUUAAUAAGCUGGCGGAAAUGUACGGUGGCGGGGAAAGUGACAAAGACUCUUAACCUAGGAUGUAUGUUCUGCUCAAGCAAGAGGAAGUAACUUUACCGACACCGUCUCCACUUCACAAUAUUUGAUAUUCAGGAAAAUUUUCCUGCCACUCAGCACAAUUUUUUUUUCCCAUUUCCUUUUUAAUUUGUUCAUUAAUGACAUUAAUUCUGCCCUGUAGGAUGUCUCAUGGAAUAUAUACGACAUUUUAUUUAAUCACUUCCAAGAGCCAAAGCUAUGGAAAUUCAGUGUUGUCCUUCUUAGGAAAUAAAAGAUAAUUUCAGAAACAUGAACAGGAUAGUUCUCCCUUAAGCAGCCUCACAAAC